AUUACAUUGGGGAAUCUGCUAGGAAAGACAUCAUAGAAAGUACACAAUCUUCUAAUUAAUUACUACUGAAGUGCAACAUAAAUAAUAUAUAGGAUAUAGGGUUUUGUUUUAUUGAUUUAUUCCUGGCAAGCUACUGCUCCACACUCCAGUCCAGUGAGUGGCGGUAAUGCACAUCUUGCUGGUUCGCCAACCGCCAAUAAACACCAAAGAAGAAGACAAAAAAAAGAGAAGAAAAAGAAACACAGCUCAGGUGGAUAACGUGGUAUUUUCAGCUCCAAUUCCCAGUUGUGCCCCUGUCUGUCCCAGGACUUCUGUGUUGAGUUCGUGUUAUUACUUACCAUGCACUCUGUUGAAGAUGGCUCACAGAGAGAGAACAGAAAUUCGUGAGGAGCAAAGAGAAACUUUGAAAUCCCUUUUUAAGGAGGGAAUGACGUGUGUUGGUUCACCCUUAAUAUCAAGAGCUGCAUCAGUUACUGGUUUGGAAACCCGUGCCAUAGAAAACUGGAUUGGAAACUUCAGAAGGUCCUUUAAAGCGCCUUCUGAGCCCCGGCGCACAAAGCUGAAACUUCACACACGAGAGCUGUCGCCAUACAAUCUGUUUUGUAGAGACAUCUUUAGAAACAAAGGCACAAUGAACGAUAUUAAGGGCAGGUGGUCCACGUUAGGGGAAGACGAGAAGCAGAAAUACUUUCAAGAGGCAGCAGCACUGAGGGCACAAGGGCAGACAGAGGACCUUAGCCCUGAGAUGAGGGAGCUCAAAAUAAAAAGGCAUCUGAAGCUGCUGAAGUUAGAGGUGUCCAAGCUUGAGGCUUUGGGUGUGGAAACGGCCAUUUUAUCAUUUGACUGCCAAAAGUCCAGCUUGGAUGUGUAUAAGCUGAGCAGCAAAGGAGCCACUGACUUCCUUGACUCAACGGACACCGUGAACAACUUUGCAAUGCAUUUCAAAGACAGCUCGUCAGCCGCAACACACGCUACCAAAGAUCAAGUCGAUGUGCUGAUUAAAAAAGUGCAGGAUCUCUUCAACCAAAAAUAUAAGGACGCCGGAGGUACCGGAAGGCUCCCGUACCAGUCCCUGUUAAAUCACAGCAUGACCAUAAAGGUUGCUGGACUACCCCAUGGCCUUAACCUCAAGAAGCCGUCCUUUUAUGGAAGGAACCAAUUAGAAGCCAUUUUGAAAGACGCUGAGCAGAUUUCAUUUGAAAUACCUGCAGCACAAUGCAACCCCGCAGAGGAAACUUCAGAGAACAUGGACGCAGAAGACUCGGCAGAUGAAAACCAGACGAAGUCGAUGGAAGAGAUCUUAGAUGCCAUGUGUGGAAAUGGUGCCCAGCAGAUCAAAGAGGAGUCUUCAGAAACAUCCACUAAUGUAGCCAUCGUGUGGCACGUGGUCCCAUCAUCUAGCUGUGGGCAAACAUCUACUAGACUUCUUUGUCGGAAGUGGUGAUGUCUAAACACUCGGCAACGUCCAGUUAUGAAAAGUGAAGCCAAUGCGGAAGUGCCUUAAAACUUCUCUCUGAUAUCCACCAGGGGGCGACUCCACAGGUUGCAAAAAGAAGCCCUAUUGUAAAGAAGUUUAUGAGAAAAUUUAACAUACUUCUCACUUGAUAUAUUACCUCAGUAAACAUUUUCCUAAUGAGUUUAUGGUCUCCAUCGCUAGAUCCAAGUCUUCUUCAAUACGCAUGAUGAAAAUAUGAUCCCAUUCAGAGUGAAAUGGACUUUACAGGAGAGUGUAUGCUUUAGGACGGGAUACCUUGUGAUUGACAGGUCAUGAACACGGUGUUGUCAUUGGUCGCCUAAAAUGCUCUUGUUAAGCAUUCGGUUGUACUCCUCCUUUUCUGGUUCCAAAAAACCAAGAUGGCGACAGCCACAAACCAAGAUGGUUAUAGCCAAAACUGGGACAUGGAUUUUCCCAGUAGGCUCUGUAGAGCGUGUUAACCUGCGGUAUAAGCAUACAUAUCAAGGCUAAGGUGAUACUUGACAUGGUUCACUAAGACAUUCUUUAUGAAAAAGAAAAGAUCAAUCAUCAUUUUGCAUGCAACUGUAUAAUCCUAAAUGGUUUCGUAAAAGUUUACUUUUAUGUGUGAUAAUUAAUGAUGUAGUGCAAUCAACUACUAAAGACACAACGUUAAUGUUGUUACGUUAUAGGAAUUCCUUAUAGGAAAUCAUUGCGCCACAUUUAAUAGGAUUGAUUCCUUAACCUGUAAAGAACUUUAAAUAUUUUUGUUGAUGUAAAAUGAGAAACUUGUGUUGACGUUGACCUUCAUGUACACAGUGUGGGUGUCACGGCCUUCAGGUAGAUGUAGGAACAGGGAGGAUGCCUCAUAGUAGGCUUUUGGAGAAAGAGUGUUAGCUCUAGCUUUAAACGGCAGACUCACGAAGACACCAACAGUUUAUUCUACACAGUGCCAACAGAAAUCUAUUUAAAAUGACUGUGAGCUUGCUAUGUCAGUAUGUAUGAUUACGUCUUACAUUUCAGUUAUCAGGAAGGUGCAGUGAACUCGGUGCUGCACUCCAAGCGUCUAUAAUCAGCACGUUCUAGGCGGACGACACACUGGGUAGAGAUUGGUCCCGAACAUUCAAAAAGACACCGUAAGCAUGUCAUCCAUGAUUGCAUCCCAAAGAAAUACAUGGACGCAAGAGAUAUCACUUUUGUGAUCCAAACGAACAAACUUAUGCAACAUGCUACCUGUAGUAAAUCACAAGGUGACUUACCAAGAGUUACUACAUAGAUGUCUGUUUGUCCAUCUCCAAGCACAUUCUGCUCCGUGCAAGAGUCACAUAUCCUGUCAUCUAUUGUUGUGAAGGCGCUUGCUUUGAGCCUCUCACGCCUUCUUCAAGGUUAAUGCAUUCUGCAAGCACUGUAGAUAACUUCAGGCAUGCAAUAACCUUGGCUAAAUUUGCAUCAGCGUGAUUAAAAUGGAGGAAAGCACUGCCAAUACUGACAUUUAGUCCUGUAUUUUCUUCAUGGUGUAUAUAUAUAUAUAUAUAUAUAUAUAUAUAUAGAGAUAGAUAGAUAUAAAAAUAAAUAAAUGGAACACUUACAUGUCAUUUCAUUAUUUUCAUAAGACAGAUCAUUUUUAUUUCAUAUUUAUUUGUAUUGAUAUAAUGUCAUUUUUUCUGAAUGACACUCUUUAUUCUCGUAUUGUCACCCCUCCUGUUACCUAGAGCAACAACAAUGCCGACGUCAUUCUGAAACAGUUUUACUGUAUAGCUGCAGUUGCUGUAUAUCGCACUCCUAGCUUUGUGUUUACCCCGAUUACCCUAAACUGACCAACUUGCUGUUGAUGAGGAAACAUUCCCAGUCCCUACAGGAGCUUCCUGUAAAAUGUAUAAUUGUCUGAACUGCUGAAUCCUUUUUUUUCUUUAUUUUUCUUCCAUGAUUUAAUGUAUUUACCCCUUAACCCCAGAUACACUGUUCACAGAAUGUCUUGUUUUUUACGGCACUUGAUUUGCAGCAAAUAAAUAAAUAAAAAAGGCUACAUUUGUUAGCAGCUAGCUUAAGAGAGGCAGGUGGCUUGUGAUUGGCUGAAAUGUCUUAAAAAAUGAUGACAUGAAAUAAAAGUUUCCUAAUAAUGA